AUGGCGGAUUCAUCCGAGUCAUUCCACAUGGCCACCAGCCCCAGUCGUGGCUCCCGGCGUGGCGACCUGACGUCGAGUCCGGGCAGAGACCUACCUCCAUUUGAGGAUGAGUCUGAGGGACUGCUGGGGGACAAUAUUCCUGACGAAGAGGACGGAGAUGGAGAGGAGCUGAUUGGGGAUGGAAUGGAGAGGGACUAUCGGGCCAUCCCAGAGUUGGACCGUUAUGAAGAGGAGGGCUUGGAUGAUGAUGAUGACCUUUCAGAGAUGUCCCCCGGUGCCCGUGCUGCUGCAGAGGAGGCCAUGAGACGCAGGGACAGAGAUCAGGGUGUCAGGGGUCGCAUAGGGAGAGGUCUGCUCUAUGACAGUGAAGAUGAGGAUGAGGAGCGACCUUCAAAGAGGAGGCGGCGUCUGGCGGAGCGGGCAGCGGAAGGUGCGGGAGAGGGAGAGGAUGAGGAGAUGAUUGAGAGCAUUGAGAACCUGGAGGACAUGAAGGGGCAUUCAGUCAGAGAAUGGGUUUCUAUGGCCGCCCCCCGUUUGGAAAUUUACCAUCGCUUCAAGAACUUUCUGCGCACUCACGUGGAUGAGCACGGACACAACGUCUUCAAGGAGAGGAUCAGCGACAUGUGUAAAGAGAACAAGGAAAGUUUGCUGGUUAAUUAUGAGGAGCUGGCGUCUCGAGAGCACGUCCUGGCCUACUUCCUCCCUGAAGCUCCUGCAGAGAUGCUGAAGAUCUUUGACGAGGCUGCUAAGGAAGUGGUGUUGGCCAUGUACCCCAAAUAUGACCGCAUAGCCCAUGAAAUCCACGUUCGUAUUGGCAAUCUGCCACUGGUAGAAGAACUGAGAUCCCUCAGGCAACUGCAUCUGAACCAGCUGAUCCGUACCAGUGGAGUGGUGACCAGCUGUACUGGAGUGCUGCCCCAGCUGGGCAUGGUCAAGUACAACUGCAACAAAUGUAACUUUGUCCUGGGCCCAUUCUUCCAGUCUCAGAACCAGGAGGUGAAGCCUGGAUCCUGCCCCGAGUGUCAGUCCCUCGGUCCCUUUGAGAUCAACAUGGAGCAGACUGUGUAUCAAAACUACCAGCGAAUCACCAUCCAGGAGAGCCCCGGUAAAGUGGCCGCUGGCCGACUGCCUCGCUCCAAAGACGCCAUCCUACUGGCCGACCUGGUGGACAGUUGCAAACCUGGAGAUGAAAUAGAGUUGACAGGCAUCUACCACAAUAAUUACGACGGAUCCUUAAACAUGGCCAACGGCUUCCCAGUGUUCGCCACUGUGAUCAUGGCCAAUCACAUCGCACGAAAGGAUGAGCGUGUGGCUGUGGCAGAGCUGACUGAUGAAGAUGUGAAGGCUAUUGUGGCUCUGUCCAAGGACGAGCGUAUCGGGGAGCGGAUUUUUGCUAGUAUUGGUCCAUCCAUCUAUGGGCAUGAGGAUAUUAAGAGAGCUUUAGCGCUGGCUCUCUUUGGUGGAGAGCCAAAGAAUCCAGGUGGGAAGCACAAGGUUCGUGGCGACAUUAACGUGUUGCUGUGCGGAGACCCAGGGACGGCCAAAUCCCAAUUCCUGAAGUAUGUGGAGAAGGUGGCAAGUCGAGCGGUGUUUACCACGGGUCAGGGUGCUUCAGCUGUGGGUCUGACAGCCUACGUCCAGCGCCACCCUGUUAGUCGGGAGUGGACACUGGAGGCUGGAGCCCUGGUUUUGGCCGACAGAGGUGUCUGCCUCAUCGAUGAGUUUGACAAGAUGAAUGAUCAGGACAGGACCAGUAUCCAUGAGGCUAUGGAACAACAGAGCAUCUCCAUCUCUAAAGCCGGCAUCGUCACAUCGCUCCAGGCACGCUGCACUGUUAUCGCUGCCGCCAAUCCCAUCGGUGGGCGAUAUGACCCGUCUCUGACGUUUUCUGAGAACGUGGAUCUGACCGAGCCCAUCGUGUCUCGUUUUGACGUCCUGUGUGUUGUGAGAGACACAGUGGACCCUGUACAGGAUGAAAUGCUGGCUCGUUUUGUGGUGGGCAGCCAUAUCAAACAUCACCCUAGUAACAGAGAAGCGGGCGUGGCUGGGCUAGAGGAAGUGGUGCUGCCCAACUCGUCUGACGUGCCGCCCAUCCCUCAGGAGCUGCUCAGGAAGUACAUCAUCUAUGCCAAGGAGCGCGUGCAUCCCAAACUCAACCAGAUGGACCAGGACAAGGUGGCCCGCAUUUACAGUGACCUGCGUAAAGAAUCCAUGGCUACAGGCAGUAUCCCCAUCACGGUGCGUCACAUAGAGUCCAUGAUCCGGAUGGCCGAGGCCCACGCGCGCAUGCACCUGCGAGACUACGUCUUGGAGGACGAUGUUAACAUGGCCAUUCGUGUCAUGUUGGAGAGCUUUAUCGACACACAGAAGUUCAGCGUGAUGAGGAGCAUGAGGAAGACAUUCGCGAGGUACCUGGCCUUCAGACGAGACAACAAUGAGCUAUUACUUUUCAUCCUGAAACAGCUGGUGGCAGAGCAGGUAGCAUAUCAGCGCAACAGAUACGGAGCCCAGCAGGACACCAUUGAGAUAGCUGAGAAAGAUCUCGCAGACAAGGCAAGACAGAUCAACAUCCACAACCUGUCCGCCUUUUACGACAGUGAUCUGUUCCGCUCAAACAAAUUCUCUCACGACGCCAAGAAGAAGCUCAUCGCUCAGCAGUUCUAA